UUAACAAACCCUUCUUCCCUGAUUUUACGUAGACACUGAGGAUGCUAGCGAAACUGACCUGGCAAAGCAUGAUGAAGAAGACUAUGUAGAAAUGAAGGAACAGAUGUAUCAGGAUAAACUAGCUUCUCUCAAGAGACAGUUACAACAGUUGCAGGAAGGUACGUUACAGGAGUAUCAGAAGAGGAUGAAAAAACUAGAUCAGCAGUACAAAGAGAGGAUACGAAAUGCAGAACUCUUCCUGCAGCUGGAAACUGAACAAGUGGAAAGAAAUUACAUUAAAGAAAAGAAGGCAGCAGUAAAAGAAUUUGAAGAUAAAAAGGUUGAACUGAAAGACAACCUGAUUGCUGAGCUAGAAGAAAAGAAGAAGAUGAUUGAAAAUGAAAAGCUAACCAUGGAACUGACUGGAGAUUCUAUGGAAGUGAAACCCAUCAUGACCAGGAAGUUGCGGAGGCGACCAAAUGACCCUGUCCCCAUUCCAGACAAGAGGAGAAAACCUGCUCCUGCCCAGCUAAAUUACUUGUUAACAGAUGAACAGAUCAUGGAGGAUCUGCGAACAUUAAAUAAGCUUAAGUCACCCAAGAGACCCGCAUCCCCCUCUUCUCCUGAACACUUGCCUGCCACACCAGCUGAGUCUCCAGCCCAGAGAUUUGAAGCCCGGAUAGAAGAUGGCAAAUUGUACUAUGAUAAAAGAUGGUACCACAAGAGCCAAGCCAUCUAUCUGGAGUCAAAGGACAACCAGAAACUGAGCUGUGUGAUCAGCUCUGUUGGAGCCAAUGAGAUCUGGGUGAGAAAGACCAGUGACAGCACCAAGAUGAGGAUUUACUUGGGCCAGCUUCAGCGUGGGCUCUUUGUGAUCCGCCGGAGGUCAGCGGCUUGACUUUCUACAGUGCGCUACUUCCCUUGACCCUUUUUCUGAAGUGGUUUUUGGUUUUGUUGUUUUCUUCCUAAUAGAAAGUUUUUAACUUGGGAAUUGCUCCUUGGCCUUGGACAAUGGAGAACACUGUUGUGGAUUCUGCAAGGCACUUUCGUGGCCAGUCGCUCCCAUCUUUGUUUCAUUCUUUACUGCCUCGACUUCUUCCAGUCAUCCGUCGCCAUAAGAUGAUUUUACUUUCAGGCGAAUUGGGAAUUUAACUUACUUAUUUGUUUAUUUUUUUUUGGCUUUGUGGUUUUUCCCCCCCCAAAGCUUCUUUUGAGUUUGAAGGGACAUUUUUUUUUAAUUGAUUAUCUUUAGGUCUUUCUACCAUGAAGAGGAGCGGGAAGGGAUACACUCAACAAUGGAUUUUCAUGUUUUGAAUCUGAUUAGUGGAUCAUGUACCUACUUCCCUUGUGGAGUCUAAUUCAGUGUUUCCCCAGAAGCUUGGGGCAGAGGUCCUAGCAGAAGAAGAUUAAUUCUGCUGGCUCUCAGCCUUCUCAGAGAAAUAAAUGCCUUGUGGAACAUCUGGCGUAUGCCAUCCACUCCACUGGCUGAACGACAGAAAAAUUUGCCUGAGGGACUAUGUGCGCUGAAGUAAUUGGGGCUGGGGGGAGGGGGCAUUUCAUAUUCAUAAUGUGCUGAAGAUACCGUAUUUUAAAUGUUAUUUAAUGCACAAGUGGUUUAUUUACACACAGUUGUUCUAGCUCGAGCUGGAAACAAGAAGUGGUCAUUCAGAUCGUUUCAUUUGCAACUAAUUUUCCCUGUUGCCGGUAGGUGAAGAGACCUGCCACAGGCUGAUUAUUGGGUUAUGUAUCGAAGUUUGGGAGGGAGAUUGAUGAGUGAGAGUCUGCAGUUAUCUACAGACUCUCACUCAUAAUUCAAAUUGCACUCUUGUCACUGAUCCCAUUAUUGCACAUUGGCCAUUCCAAACCCAUGGAACCUUGCUGUCGGCACUCACAGCCUCCUGGAGUUCUGGCCCAGGUUGAGGACAGAAGGCUGUCGCUAAACCCACUCUUCCUAAUGAAUUCUGAUGAAACAGCCUCCCCUUCACUCCGUGCACCCUUUCCUCAUUCCUACAACGAGAGAAAUGACUUGUUGGGUCAUGGGGUUUUUUGUAUUCUAGUUGCCACCUUACGAUGUUUACCAAGUUUUGGGGGUUAGAGCAUGUGUUAGCAUCUCUUUGGGCAAUUAGUAGACUUGACAUGUCCUAGGAAACCUUUGUACGUAGUUCCCUUGGUCUCAAGUGAUUCCCUUUGUGUUGUCUCUCGAUGUACACACCCCAACACAAGUCGCAAGUCAUGGGGCUGUGAUGACAGGUAAAUCACCUCCAAAGUCCUGCCUUCGACAGAGACCAAACCUUACUGACUCGGAGUAAAGACUUGUACAGAUAUAUUUUUGUUUUAAUUUAUAAUCUAUUUUUUUCAUUUUUUUAUUCUGGUGAUAGGGUCUCAUUUAAAAACAGGAUAAAGAGUGCUGUUCAUCAAAAGUUGCCUGGGCCUUUGGUGUUUAUUCUCUGCCCCCAGGACCUCCCAUUAUUAGAAUGUUGACUUCAGUGAACCAAGUCCACAGUAAAGAGGGGCUUCACGUUUUGUUUCUUCUUGGCAGCCUUGGCUGUUUGGGGUUUCUCUCUUGCUUGAAUUGUCAUUGUGGUGUGUGUAACAUCCCGUAAUAGCAGGUACUGGUUGUCAUCUAGUGCCCUGUGAUGGAAAUUAUUUAGAUGUAUUUAGUAUGUGCUGCCAUCAAAGAGUUUUUUGUUUGUUUUAAUGAUUGUAUUAGCUUACCUUCCUAACAGUACACCAGAGUUUGCUUUUUUUGGGAAAGGAUUGUAUUGAUAACUGUUGGGGAUUCAGCAUUGAGCGGCAAGUUGCCUUUUCCCCUGCCUUGCCUGGUGGCACCUUUGUGUUUUUGUGAAGUAACUAUUUGAAGACCAGUAUCUGGAUGCUUUGGCCUUUUCUCUUCUGUAAAUUUGAGGGUGUUGAGGCCACAGGGAGGCAUGGUCUUGGCCCCAUCACUGCCUUUUGCCCCUCAGUGUUCUCACAACUCUUAAAAUCAUGAUCUACCGAAAAUGAAGGAAAAUGUGAUUUAGACGUGACAUACAGCACAGUAAAGUAUGUUCCUGAUCCCAGAAGAUUUAUUAGUUUUUUACUUAGUUACUCCAGAGAUGAAAAAUCAGCAUUUCAACCUCUCAGAUGCCCCUGCAGUGACCGGGAGUGGAAGAGCCCAUUCGUUAGGAGCUGGAGGAACUUUUGUGAUGGGGAACACAGACUUUGGGACUCCUAUAAUAAGAGAGGGCUGGCUUUUAGCCCAGCUGGCCAUUCUUAUUCUAAAAGUUUUGUCUCUCACUAGACCCAGGGUACAGAUGAGUUCCCAAAUUCAACUAUUUUCUGUAAAGUGACUUUGAUAAAGGUUGGUCCAGACACUUCUGAUCAAGAACCUGUAUGUGUGUGUUUCUGAUGAAGAACUUGGAUGUGUGUCAUUCUGAUCAAGAACCUGUUGAUACAUUUGUUCAGCUUGAGGCAUCUGCCACAAGUACACAGUGUUUGCUAUCCACGUGUCCUAGUAUUUAUUUUACCUCCUUUUGGGGGUUUUGUAUAUUUCUCCAACUCCUUUUCUCCCUAAGCCAGUGUCCUCUUGAACAGUUUCCAUAUUUCGGUAGCCAUACCAAAGCCAGGAUAUUUUCAUUUGAUUAGAUACCAGUAUUUGUGGAUGUCUAACUACCUAAUGUAACUUAGUUUUUUAAAAAACUUCUAACUGGGGCCAGUGUACGAUCCAGAGGCUGAUCUGCAAAUCAAGCUACUUAUAUACUUGUGUGGGGGACCCUGUGCUCAGCAUUGGGUGGCUUUUCUAAGAGAAAUAUGGGGGAGGGUUGGUUGCAAUUUUUUUAAAUCUAACUUGGGGGGGGGGGAAUCCUAUUUUUUUACAAUAUUCUUUUGUUUUUCUAUUAGCAUUUUCCUUUAGCCUCGAAUUUUACUAAAUUUCCUUCUGAUUUAAAAAUCUUUUUUCUAAUCUGGGAAUUUGAAAUAUUGGUACUUAUUUAAUGUUACACCAAUUUUUCCAAAGAGUUCAAACCACUUUAUUACCAGAACGUGGUAAAAAAAAUUUUUGCAGCCAUUUCAAGCAGCUGGUGGGCUUUUUAUAAAAUAACACCAUUACCUGGUACUAUUAUAUGUUCUGAGAGGUGGAUGUAAAAAUGUAAAAAGUAUAGGCUUUUUUUUUUUUUAAAUAACAAUAAACUUUCAAAGAAAAAACCA